AUUCACCGCUUAAUACGAAACUCAUGACGAGAAUCUCUUUUAGUCUCUCUCUAUAUAAAACCCACUACCUCUUUGCAAAUCCUUUGUGAAUAACAGCUAUCUCUUUUAUUCCUCAGCUUUCUCUUUCAUUCAUUCACCAAAACCAAACUUCAAACUCUCACUCUCAAUUUCUUCAGCCAAAUUAUAACCCUUUAAAAAUUUCAUACACAUAUACUUCUUAAGAUCAAAACUUCAAAUUCUCACUCUUUCAUUCCUUCACUUUGACAUAAUUAAAUAUUCAUCUUCUCCUAAUUUCCUAGCUACCCUUUUAGUAUUUUUUCCCAAUCUUUGAUUUUUCAAUUUUUUUUGUUCUUAUGUUGAUGGAUUACUUGAAGGAACUAGAAUGCAAAAUGGUACAUGAUUAUAAAAAAUUGGACAAAAUGGUAAUUAGUCCAAUAUUUUUUGAAGGACCAAUCAUAGUAGGAGCUGGUCCAUCAGGAUUAGCAGCAGCAGCAUGUCUUAAACAAAAAGGAAUUCAAAGUUUAAUCCUUGAAAAAGCAAAUUGUUUAGCUUCAAUGUGGCAAUUCAAAACUUAUGAUAGAUUAAAGCUUCAUCUUCCAAAACAAUUUUGUCAACUACCUUUAAUGCCAUUUCCAAAAGGGUUACCUUUAUAUCCAACAAAGCAACAAUUUUUAUCUUAUCUUAAAGCUUAUGCUAAUCACUUUGAUAUUAACCCUGUUUUUGGUAAGAAAGUGGUUAGUGCUGAAUUUGAUUGUGUUUGUGGAUUUUGGAGGGUGAAAACACAAGAAGUUAAAAAGGGUAUUUUGGAGAAUGUUGAAUAUGUUUGUCAUUGGUUAAUUGUUGCUAGUGGUGAAAAUGCUGAGGAAGUUGUGCCACAAAUUGAAGGAAUGGAACAAUUUAAAGGACCAAUUUUGCAUACUAGUUUGUAUAAAAGUGGUAACAUGUUUUGUGGGAAAAAUGUUUUGGUUGUUGGGUGUGGAAAUUCAGGUAUGGAGGUUUGUUUGGAUCUUUGCAACCAUAAUGCUCUUCCUUCCUUAGUGGUUAGAGAUUCGGUGCAUAUCUUACCACAACAAAUAUUUGGGAAAUCAACUUUUGGAUUAUCAAUGUGGUUGCUUAAAUGGUUCUCUGUACAUUUUGUGGAUCAAUUUCUACUUGUAAUGUCAGAUCUUAUGCUUGGAAAUACAUCUCAAUUUGGAAUUCAUCGUCCUAAAAUUGGUCCUUUAGAACUUAAGAAUUUGUACGGAAAGACACCUGUUUUGGAUGUUGGGACAGUUGCUCAAAUCAAAAGUGGCAAUAUUAAGGUUUGCAAGGGAAUUAAACGACUAGCACAUAAUGCUGUGGAAUUUGUUGAUGGAAAAGUGGAGAAUUUUGAUGCAAUUAUUCUAGCUACUGGUUAUAGAAGCAAUGUACCCUCUUGGUUAAAGGGAAGUGACAUGUUUAGUGAGAAAGAUGGAUUGCCAAGAAAACCAUUCCCAAAUGGAUGGAAAGGUGAAAAAGGAUUAUAUGCUGUUGGUUUCACUAAACGUGGCUUGCUUGGUUCAUCUAUUGAUGCAAAGAGAAUUGCUGAUGAUAUUGAACAUAGCUUGAAAGCUUUUGAAGCCAAACCACUUGCAUGAAUGAUGUAAGAAUGAUAUCAUGCAAAUUCAAUGUUUUUUAGAAUUAGGAAAAAAAGAAAUAAAAAAAAAAGAUGGGUUCUUCUUGGUAAAAAAGAAGAAAAAGGAGCUAGAGAAAGAAAAAAAAAAGUGAAUAUAUAUUUUGAUAUGUCAAUAUAGAAUAUGUGUGAUUAAUUUUCCAUGAUAUCCCAUUAACAAAAACUAGGAAUUGGUGGUUGGUGAGGGAUUUGAUGUGUAUUUUAAUUUUGUUUGGGUUGAGAAUUAUUUAUAGUUGAUUGUCAUAAUGUGUAUAUUUUGUAUAUUAUCA